ACCUGAUCCAGGUGAGCAGUAAUUACUGAAACAGGGUUGGCUGCAAAACAAGCAGGGCAGCAGCUCCUGAGGAACAGGGUUGGAGACCCCGAGUUUAGAAGUUGGAUGGCCAGUGCAACUAACCGUUUUGUCAAGUGUACCGCCCCCCUCCUCCUCCUGACUGAUGCUGGCGACACCCUCCACAGCAGGAUGUAUAAAUGAAGGAGAGAACAGAGGAAAGAGAAGUGUGUGAUAAAGAUGGAGCUCCCCGUGGUGACCUGGAUGCUUGGGUGCUUCCUCCUGAGUGCCUGUGGAGGCUCUGCUGCACCCACGGAGUGCUACUUCAACUCCAGAGCUCAGUGUGAGUUUGAAGGGAAGCACUUCUUGCUGGGGGAGUCCUGGACGGACAACGCUUGCAUGCACUGCACCUGCCUCCAUCCUGUCGGCGUCGGAUGCUGUGAGAUGUUGCAUCGUCCGGUGGAUUUCCCCGCAUGGUGUCAGGUGCAAGUCGAGCCGGUGAGCUGCAAGGUGUUCCUGGUCCAAACCGCUUACCCUCGUCUGCCAUGCUCCCCGGGCGAAGCAAACCGGGACCCCAGCCACGGAUCCCAACAUCUGCAGCAACACCUCGAGGUCUGGAGAAGCCCAGAGGUCACCAGAACUCCACCGGCAGCCAACAGCAGCCAAUCUACAGAUCCUUAAAAUAAAUCUGUGAUUCUCCAUUACAUCUUUGUGGCAAAAGCCGUUAUUAAUCCACUUACAUUUUUGUAAAUAAUGUGUCUUGUUUUGUGCUGUAACACGAAAACUCCAAAUUAUUUCGAGAUUCUGAAUAAAAAUCCACAAAAAUGAUGAUUUUUAAUCUUUUUUUUAAUUUACUCCAGCAGUUGUUACAUCACAACACGGCCUUUGUAAAAGCUGAAAACAAACUAGAAACAACAAAAAACAAAA